AUGAAAAUGGCGGAGAAAGCUGCGCAGUUCGCUUCACACACGGAUUGCUUCCAGAAUGCGUUUCCGGCGAUCCCACAAUGUAAGUCGGAAGAGCAAAAUCGUUUCGACCACGGCAGGAUUCGAAACUGCAAUCUUCUGCUCCGUAGACAGACGUGCGCCACGCGGCCGCACUUUUCUGAUUCUAACAUAAGUCUAGACAUUUCAACGCUUUGCAGCCUCCCAAUUACACCCCCUUACCGCCUACACGUCGUUUGUUCAACCAGUUCUACCGCUAAUCUACGACCACUUGGCACUGACAUGUACGACCUGAAAUAGGCAAAAGUGCAACUGAGGCUGUUUUUCAGGUUCAGUGAAUGCAUGGCAAGCCUGGGGAAAGAUGAGAAGACCGAGAACGGCGUUCAGCAGUGAGCAGUUGGUCCAGCUGGAGAAGCAGUUCUCGGACAAUCGGUACUUGAGCAGGCCGAAGAGAUACCAACUCGCCCAGCAACUUUCUCUUUCAGAGACUCAGGUACCGUAAUCCGUCCCCCUUCACAACCAUUCUUUCCCCAUUUUCAGAUCAAGAUCUGGUUCCAGAACCGUCGAAUGAAGAACAAGCGGUGUCCCUCUUCUGCAGGAGCUCCUUCCGCCUCCGCUUCCGCGUCUUCCCCUCCCUGCCAGUGAAUGAUAAUUUUCCGAUCGCUUUCACUAAUAAAGUGUUUUUCCGCGCGGGCGUUACGUACGCGGAACCGUUGUAAACCUGUCAAUCACAUUGCGUGAUAUUAUUCAUCGUUGAGAAGGAAAAAAAUCGGAUAUCUUUUUUGUGUGUGUGUCUUUCACUUUGAAAGCUUAUCAUCGGGUGAAAAAACACGUUACCUGGGAGAGGACGAAAACCCGCUUUUCAAGGGUAUUUAUGUUCGAAGCGGAGUCCGCCGCACUUCCCAUUCCGACUGCCAACGCCGUCUGAUUGAUGUCCGUUGUGUCCUUUGUUCAAGUGCCGUUUAUAUGUACAACUGAACUUUCCAUUCGGUUUCAGUAAUGUCAGCUACGAACACGGUGCUUCUGUUCAUUACUUCCGUCUGCGGAAUCGCCAUCGUUUCCAGCCUUCUCAUCGCUGGAACUCUUUUCUUCGAUGCUCAAGAAUUCUUGGAAACUUCCCUCGAUGACCUGGACUCUUUCAAAGUUCGACUCUUUCGUUUCCCCUCUUCUGAUUAACCGCCCUUUUAGCAUUAUUCCGACAGUGCCUGGAAGGACAUGAUCUCUUCGAAUACUUUUGACAGAAAGAAGAGAGAAGGAGCCUCUUGCGGAUGUCCGUGUGCCGAGGGACCGAACCAUUGCCCGCCAGGAGAAGCAGGACCGCCAGGCCUUCCAGGAGCUCCAGGUGAGAAUUCAGAAGGACGAACAACAUCUUCCUCCCGUUUUUGCAGGAGAGGACGGAGAGGCCGGAAACCCAGGAAAGGACGGAGUUACCGGAUCGUCGCUUCUGUUUGACGGCGAGAAUCUUCCGUGCAUCAAGUGCCCGGCAGGAGAGCCAGGACCGCAGGGACCAGACGGUGCGCCGGGAGCUCCGGGACCAGACGGACAGUCGGGAGCGCCAGGAGCCAACGGAAACCCAGGAGCGGCAGGAGAAUCAGGACCUGAAGGAGAACCAGGAGACGAGGGAGCGGCCGGAGAAGCCGGAGCACCGGGAGCAGCCGGACAGAACGGAAGCCGCGGAACUGGGGCUCCAGGACCAGCCGGACCAGAGGGACCAGUCGGAGAGCCAGGAAAGGAUGGGGCACCAGGAGAGAACGGAGCCGAAGGAGCAGUUGGAAGCGAAGGAAUACAGGGAGCGCCAGGAAAGGACGGCGAGAAGGGAGUCGACGGAGUGGCCGGAGGAGACGGAGUUCCAGGAGCCCCGGGACCGGAUGCUGCUUACUGUUCGUGCCCGGAAAGAACGAAGAUUGUGUUUUCAAGUGAAUCUCCAUAG